AUGGUGAAAGCGGCAAAGAACAAUGAUGUGAGAGCGGUCGUAGGGGUACCGUCUGAGUCGCUGAGGAGAAGUAUGCCGGCUUGGUACCACCCUGGCACGCUCGAAGGAAGAUGCGUCGCUAACACGGCUGCGAGCAAAUGUCUCAGAGAGAAACACAGGGUCCAGACAGUGGACGAUCACCUACGAAUGGCGGGGAGACUGCACGACGAGUUGAUGGACCAUAGGCGAAGCGACAGCUGCACAUGCGGGGCGUGCCAAAGAGAUCGAAGCGACCUAAGCUGUCAACACCCGCACAGAUGUGCGAUGGCGGCGGACAGAGCGGUGGCAAAACUAGCUCCAAAAUGGAAGCCCGGGGGAGCCAGAAAUGAGGACGGACUGAGUCUGACCCGCGGGCGAGUCCGAUCGAAUGACACUGCGCGAGCGGAGAAUGGGAGGAUAGUCUUCAACCCGAGCUUAACCCAAGGAACCCCCCUGGCGGCCGUUUUUCGUGUGUUU